AUGCCUAUACGCCUCACGUCUCCUCCACGGUCCUUGGAUCUUGACCUCGUCAAAUCACGGUCGAACAGAAGAAGACUGCAUGAUUUCUCCGCGAGCUCCACGGCCGGCAGGAUACUGAUAUGCACGAUUUUAGCCGGGGUUGUCACCCUUCUUUACUGCUGGACCACAUUAUGGGCCGCUCCUCAAUCCUGGUUCUUCAAUGCGGACAGCGCGUACGAGUAUCGGUAUACCGACCACCGGCUGCUUGAAUCUGGGGCGUUCAUCAAGGCCGCAAAUGCCUCUGAACACACAACCCCAGCCAGGGUCUCGAAAAACCAGCCCGUGAUGUGUGUGGCCAUGACUACCAUCAAGCGCAAAAAAACUCAGUAUCUAAGCGAUGCUGCAGGAUCGAUGCUUGUUGGCCUCACACCAGAGGAAAGGAGCGCGAUAGAAGCUCGUCUGAUCUUCGUGGAUCUCAAUGCGACCCUUCACCCUCAAUGGGACGACCCUUGGCUUGACGUGUUUGACUGGUGGGGUGGCUACAACGUCACCGAUGCGGAGAUGGACAUGUUGCGCGAAUAUAGAGCUCAUGAGAAGAUCCAGGCAAAAGGAAUAUUUGAUUACGCCUAUGCCCUAUCGCAGUGCUACAAUGAGACAACCGCACCCUACAUCGCAAUGGUAGAGGACGAUGUAGCCUUCGCAGACGGCUGGCUCGCGAAGACAUUGGACGCUCUGGCAACUGUCAGACAAAAGAAGGCUCCCUGGCUUUAUCUCCGGCUCUUCUUCACCGAGUGGCACCUUGGCUGGGAUGCCGAUAUCGACUCACUAGCAACUAACCCAUGGAUCUGGUUCGUCGUUCCGAUCAUCUCCAGCCUCGUUACAGCUGCUGGCCUGAAAUUCCGCUGCCACUACUACAGAAGCUCGCACGACAUCAACCAUGCGCGCUGCGCUUCGCUGUGGAUACUUCUUUGCGUAACGAUUCCGGCCAUAUUCACUCUCCUAUUCCUGAUAAGACCGGAUGGCUUUGUUCCGCGAACUGGUGUCGUUCGAAUGGACGACAAGGGAUGCUGUACACAAGCGCUGGUAUAUCCGCGAGAGCAGGUGCCGGCGCUCAUACAGCAUUUGCACGACGUCAAACCCGGCCCGACCGACCUGAAGAUCGAAAAGUAUGCGAACGAACUCGGGCUCGCGCGCUAUGCGCUUGCUCCGCAAGUCGUGCAGCAUAUCGGGUUGAUAAGUACGCGGGGGAUGCCGAAGAAGUAUACGCAACAGACGUGGGCGUUUACUUUCGAGACGCAGAAGGCUGAGAAGCUUGCGAAGGAGCACGCGGAAUCGGCGAGAUGGGGGGUCUGGCGCGCUGAACUUAACUCUGAUAUCCAUUUACUGCCUUUACUGGACCUAGCACAAGCGCUCAGGAAGAAUAUGGCUCCAACGACCGAGAAUGUCCCUGCUAAAGGCAUUCCCUUCUGGACGCCUCAGCACCUCCUAAACCCCGGCACGCCGCUCAAGCCAGAUGCCAAACUACCAACGCUAUUUACUCCUCUCACCAUUCGCGGUAACGUCCUCCGCAACCGCAUCAUCGUGGCGCCCAUGUGCCAGUACUCCACCGCUCCGUCCGGACCUGAUAUCGGGGCUCUGACGCCCUACCACAUCACCACGCUCGGCCACUACGCCCUUAAAGGCGCCGGACUCGUGUUCAUCGAAGCUAGCGGCGUGCAGCCGAACGGACGUAUUUCUCCCAAUUGCCCUGGAAUCUGGAGCGAUGAUCAGAUCCCGGGUGUCAAAGCGGUAGCUGAUAUGGUACGCAGUCAAGGCGCAUUGUGUGGUAUGCAGCUCGCGCAUGCCGGGAGGAAGUCGUCGACUGUGCCGCCUUUUAUUGCUGCGCAGUUCAAGAAGGGGAGUGUGCGGGCUACGAAGGAGAAUUACGGCUGGCCUGAGGAUGUCGUAUCUGCCUCCGGUGGAGAAGAUUUUGUCUGGGAUGGCAAGAGGAGCGAUGAUCCUGAAGGAGGCUACUAUGCUCCUCGUGCGUUGAGCAAGGAUGAGAUCAAGCAGCUGGUGCAGGAUUGGGCCGCCGCAGCUGUGAGAUCGGUGAAAGCCGGGGUGGACGUAAUUGAGAUCCAUGGCGCUCACGGUUAUCUCAUACAUCAGUUCCUGUCUCCAAUCACGAACCAACGGACUGAUGACUACGGAGGCAGCUUUGAGAAUAGGACGAGGCUUCUGGUGGAGAUCAUCAAGGCCAUCCGAGCUGUUAUCCCGGAGUCCAUGCCGCUAUUCCUUCGAUUGAGCUCGACCGAGUGGAUGGACGAUACUGAGCCCGGCAAGCGAAACGGGUCAUGGGACGUUGAUAGCACGAUCAGAGUAUCCAAGAUUGCCUCUGAUCUCGGAGUCGAUCUACUUGAUGUUUCUUCUGGGGGCAACCACCCGCAGCAGAAGAUCAACAUGUUCGACAGCAAAGACUACCAGACCAAGAUCGCCGCGCAGAUUCGGAGAGAGCUUCGUGAAGCUGGCAAGCCCAUGUUGAUCGGUGCUGUGGGCUUGAUCACUGAGGCAGAGCAAGCGCGGGACAUUGUGUCGACAUCUGCUGAAGCUGAAGGACAGGAUUCAAAGCAUGAUGGCAGUACUGGCGAAGAGGCUGCGGCUGCCGAGAAGAUGACGGAUGCAAAGGGUGGUAAGACACCGAUGGCGGAUUGUAUUUUGGUGGCCAGGCAGUUCAUGCGAGAGCCGGAGUGGGUGUUGAAGGUUGGGUGGAAGCUGGGCGUGGACCUGGCGUGGCCGAACCAAUUCAAUCGUGUUAGAUUUCCGAAGCUCUAG